CGCCUAUCGUGGGCGGCUGGGGCCGCAAAAACUCCUCCGCUCUGGGGAGCACAAGACAUCGAUAAGUGGCGCCAGAGCGCUUUUCUCCCACUAUCCACUACUUUCCAUACUUCCGCUUUGCUCUUUGCCCGCCUUUGGAACCCCGUCUGCGUUCAUAUACAAGAGAAGGCUUGCAUCUGCUAUGGUCCGUUAUGAGCGUCCCCGCAAACCUUCGGAACAAUGAUAAAGCCGUAGGAACCCCGGGAAUGACCGAAGAGAGAGAAAACAGCAAGGUCAAUGUCGAGAGCAAGGCUAAAGGAGACGGAUCGCACCUCCGACCAGGCCAUUUCUACUCCAACAGUAUCGCGCGAAUUCCAAGUCCCGAUGUGUUCUCGGAAUUAUCGGUGGACGACAACGGCCUCGUUCGACCAGGCAGAGGCUCGAUAGCGUUGCAACCGCUCGGCCGUAUAGCAAGCAGGUCGCCCGCUCCACCACGCGGCAAGGUCGGGAAGAAACUUCAGGAAUUUUGGGCAAGGAAUAAGGGUCUUGGUUUGGUGCUGCUGGCUCAGGUGUUUGGCACGCUAAUGAACGUCACAACAAGAAUUCUUGAACUAGAAGGAAACAACGGCAAGGGCCUGCAUCCUUUCCAGGUCUUGUUCGCGCGAAUGAGCAUCACUGUUGUUCUCGCGAGUCUGUACAUGUACUAUAAGAAAAUCCCCGACUUCCCCCUGGGCAAGAAGGAGGUCAGGCCGUUGCUCGUAGCGAGAGGCCUGGGAGGCUUCUUCGGCGUGUUCGGCAUGUACUACAGUCUGCUAUACCUGCCGCUUGCCGACGCGACAGUGAUUACCUUCCUGGCUCCAAGCAUCGCUUGCUGGGCAUGCAGCUACAUCCUCAAGGAGCCGUUCACGCGCAUGGAGCAGAUUGCAGCCUACGUGAGCCUGUUUGGUGUCGUGCUCAUCGCGCGUCCCACGAGUUUGUUCUCGGGGCGUCCGUCAGAGACACUCCCUGCAAGUGGCGAUUCGGACAUGGCCGCACUCACGAAUGGCACUGCGACCCCAAAUCCGUCCCUCGAUUAUACGCACGUCACGGCCGAGCAGCGUGCCAAAGGCGUGGCCAUCGCCAUGUUGGGUGUCUUGGGUGCCGCCUCAGCAUACACAACGCUACGGUGGAUCGGCAAACGAGCACAUGCCCUCAUCAGUGUGAACUACUUCGCUACGUGGUGCACAAUCGUUUCCACUGUGAUGAUGUUCGUUCUUCCAGACGUGGGCUUCCUGCUCCCUGCGAAUCUGUGGGAGUGGAGUUACCUCUUCUUUCUCGGAACCUGCGGUUUCAUCAUGCAGUUCUUGCUCGCCUCGGGUCUGCAGUACGAAAAGAGCAGCCGGGCGACGAACAUGGUGUACACGCAGAUGCUCUUCGCUCUUGGGUUUGACAAGCUGAUAUUUGGGACCACACCAGGAGCCCUCAGCAUCAUAGGCAGCGGUUUGAUCCUUGGCAGUGCAAUCUACGUUGCCGUACAAAAGGAUAUCGCCGCUUCCAGCAAUGCGUCGACGACCCAGUACGCACCCGUGAGUCAAAGAGACGAGGAGCUGGGGCCUGUCUCCGAAACCAACGAUGACGAAUUGGACGAUCUGAUAUCUGACGACGAAAAUGAAGAACAGUACACGAAAGAUGGCCCAACCCAGAGGAUCGGCAUGAAUUGAUUGGAUAGUCAGUUGCAUCGAUAACGAUGUGUCAUAUCACAAGUAGAGCUGCAUUUAGACAUCUAGAUCUGAAUGUAAAAAUACACCUACGGCAUCGAGUUUUAAAACAUGCACGCCGUUCCACAAUUCAAAGAACUAGUAGAGAUCUAGCCAACAUGAUCUAUUGUGUCCGUCAUUGGG